AUGGCCCCAAUUGCAGUUCAAGAGCCUCAAGUUAUUCAAGUUAAUGAAAAAUCAAAUGAAGAUCCCGCAGAGAUAUCCCCGAAGUGGUUGGAGCUCUGCAAUAAUAAACAAGCUGAAAGAGAAAGAUCGAUCCCAGCUGAGUGGAGGAUUCCAGCAAGUCGUUUAACAACAGAAAAGAAAAACUUACUCGACGUGCCGGCGACUUGUGGUAUUCUCACAGAAGAAGAAAUUAAAAUUACAUCGGAGUUCAAUGCAAUAGAGCUCCUGGAACAGAUCAAGAGCGGAAAAUUGUCAUCUGAGACUGUGACCGUAGCAUUUUGCAAGAGAGCUGCUAUUGCACAACAACUCGUCAACUGCUUGACCGAAAUAUUUUUUGACGAGGCCAUCGCUAGAGCAAAGGCCCUUGAUGAGGAGAGGAAACUACACCCCGAGUGGCCACUCAGACCACUGCAUGGUCUACCAAUCUCAUUGAAAGACAGUUUUAAACUCAAAGGGAAAGAUUCUUCGAUUGGACUUGCAUGUUUUGUGGGAAAGCCAGCAACAGCCAACUCUACACUUAGUUACCGGAAAACCAUCGAAGAGACAGGCGAACCUCUUGUCCCAUCUAUGCAAAAAAUAGGACUGCCAAACAUCCCACACAGGAGCUUGGGAGAUCUUGUACGCUUCAGUACUGCCCAGUUUACGGCGCGAAUUGCAUGGCAUAAGAUAUGGAGGGCAUUGCAACUAGAUGCUAUACUGAUGCCUGUGGCACCACAUACCGCUGUCCCAAAGGACACUUGGCGAGUCAUCAACUAUACGGGACUCUUUAACUUCCUAGAUUAUCCAGCCUGUACUAUACCUGUUGGGCAUGUGAAUGAGCGGGAUGUCCCUGAUGGUGAGGCGAAAUAUGGUGCCAUGGAUGCUGCAGUCUACGGGCUUUACACUGGGCCGGAGAAGUACAAGAAUGUCCCCGUUUGUCUUCAGUUGGUUGGUGAGGCCCAGAACGACGAAGAAUUUGCCGAUUUUGCUGUGCAGGUUGAUUCAGUUUUGAACCUCGGGGGCAACGAAGCGUAA